ACAGACAUGGCAUGACUCAAGCGUUAUCCAUUACACGAGGAACCGAGCGGACUGACUUCCAUAGCUAGAACUACACAAGAGACAGAGGAAACUACUUCAGCCCACACAAUGGUGCUCAGCGAGAGAAGCAGUAUUCACGACAGCGUGAAAACCUUAGGAAUAAACAGCAUAAUUACGGAAUCUCUAGAUGGAGUGGGGAAAUCUUCAGAGUCUGAAUCAAGGGCCCUCGCUAACAGAAAUGCAAAGCUCACCAACCUUAAACCAAAGGUUCGGAAAUUCAUCGAAGACAGCGCUCGUCUUUGCCAACCAUCCGACAUCUACAUUUGCGAUGGGAGUGAACGAGAGUUGAGAAAUCUCAUCAACAUCAUGCAACAGGCUGGAAUGAUUGAACCUUUGCCCAAAUAUGAUAACUGUUGGCUUGCCUGCACUGACCCCGGAGAUGUGGCACGUGUAGAGAGCAAAACAUUCAUUGUUACCAAAGAACGUCGUGAUACCGUCCCUACGACUAAGGAGGGUGUUAAAGGCCUUCUGGGCAACUGGAUGUCACCUGAAGAUCUUAAGAAAGCUAUUCAAGAAAGAUUUCCUGGGUGCAUGGCUGGAAGAACCAUGUAUGUUGUGCCAUAUUCCAUGGGGCCGGUAGGCUCCCCCCUGUCAAAAAUUGGUGUUGAAUUAACUGAUUCUCCGUACGUAGUUGCUUCCAUGCGCACAAUGACAAGGAUGGGUAAAGCUGUUUUGGAUACACUUGGGGAUGAGGAUUUUGUCAGAUGUCUCCAUUCAGUAGGGUGCCCCCUUCCACUGAAGAAAAACCUUACAAAUAAUUGGCCAUGUGAUCCAGAGCGCACAAUAGUAACCCAUGUUCCCGAGACAAAGGAGAUCAUUUCAUUUGGCUCAGGCUAUGGUGGAAAUUCCCUCUUAGGCAAGAAAUGCUUUGCUCUCAGAAUUGGUUCUACAAUUGCAAAGAAGGAAGGCUGGUUAGCUGAGCACAUGCUUAUUCUAGGUAUCACAAACCCCAAAGGAGUAAAGAAGUACAUUGCAGCAGCUUUCCCUUCUGCCUGUGGCAAGACCAACCUGGCCAUGAUGACACCUUCCCUACCUGGAUACAAAGUAGAAUGUGUAGGUGAUGAUAUUGCAUGGAUGAAAUUUGAUGAAGAUGGAAUCUUAAGAGCAAUCAACCCAGAAAAUGGCUUCUUUGGAGUAGCUCCAGGCACAUCAACGCACACAAACCCUGUGGCAAUGAAGACUGUUCUUUCCAACACAAUUUUCACUAACGUUGCAAAAACCAGUGAUGGAGGAGUCUUCUGGGAAGGCUUAGAGAAAGAAAUUCCUAAAAAUGUAACCAUCACUUCCUGGUUAGGGGAUACAAACUGGACUAAAGAUUCAGGAAAACCUGCAGCACAUCCUAACUCAAGAUUCUGCACCCCUGCUGGUCAGUGCUCUAUUAUUGAUCCAGCGUGGGAAGACCCAAAAGGCGUACCAAUAUCAGCCAUUCUUUUUGGUGGACGACGCCCUGAAGGAGUACCCCUUAUUUAUGAAGCCUUCAACUGGAGACAUGGAGUAUUGGUAGGAGCAGCUAUGAGAUCAGAGGCCACGGCAGCCGCUGAACACAAGGGAAAGGUUAUCAUGAAUGACCCAUUCGCCAUGAGACCUUUCUUUGGGUACAACUUCGGCCAUUACUUGCAACACUGGUUAAGUAUGGAAGGCCGCACCACUAAACCUCUUCCCAAAAUUUUUCACGUCAACUGGUUCCGGAAAGAUGAGAAGGGUCACUUUAUCUGGCCCGGAUUUGGUGAGAAUGUACGUGUUCUCGACUGGAUUCUUCAGCGCAUUGACGGAGAUGGCGCGGCAGAGGAAAGUGCUGUAGGAUAUAUUCCAAAACCUUCUUCUAUGAACAUGGUAGGACUAGAAAGCGAGAACAUUGACAUGGAUGAACUCUUCAGGAUUCCUAAGGACUUCUGGCAACAAGAAGUCAGGGACAUAGCUAGGUACUUCUCUGAGCAAGUUGGAGAUGACCUGCCUAAUGAGAUAACAGAGGAACUGAAGAACCUGGAUAAACGUGUGGAGAAGCUGUAGGUCUGAAAUGUUUGCCCCCCUGUUUAUGGGGCAAAGUCACUUCUACUCUUGUCAUAUACUAUCUCUGGUUAUUUAUUACUCCAUUAUGAAUUCUUCACAUUACCUCUAAUUCACAUUGAAUCAUAUUUAUAUAUCAUUAAAAAUCACCUACUUCAUGUCUAAGUUGAGGAAUAUGUGCUGGUGCAUUUAUUUGACUAAAACACUGAUAUAGACUUUACUGUCAUAAAUUAUUCAAUAAUUAAUACAUCUGAGCUUAUUUAUUUAUUUAAGUAUUUAAUGCUUAUUCAUAAAAUAUUUUCAUUUGCAUUAAACCUUUAUUUGCUUCAAGUCCAUGUACUGAUUUCACUGCAACCCUGAUGUAUAGGCUUUACUGUGUAAAAAAAAAUGUCAAUUGUUGGAACAUCAGAAUUUUUAAAAUUUAUUUAUUAAAGUAUUUACUGCUCUUUCAUAAAA